CGGGCCGCAGUUUCUCGCUGCGCAUGAAGAGCACCCUGAGCGCCGGGCGGGCGCUGCCUCAACCUGAAAGCGGCGUCCUGGAAGGUGCUGCACUGCGCGGGGCACAUGCGCACGUACGCGGGGGGCGCGGGGGCCGCGGAGCCGCCGCUGCGGUGCCUGGUGCUGAUCUGCGAGGCCAUCGCGCACCCCGGGGCCAUCGAGGCCCCGCUGGGCUCGGGCACCGUGCUCACCCGCCACUCCAUGGACAUGAAGUUCACCUACUGCGACGAUCGGAUCGGGGAGGUGGCCGGGUACCACCCCGAGGAGCUCCUGGGCUGUUCCCUGUACGAGUUCGUGCACGCGCUCGACUCCAACACCCUGAGCCGCAGCGUCCACACCCUGCUCAUCAAGGGCCAGGCUGCCACCAGCCAGUACCGGUUCCUGGCCAAGCGCGGGGGGUUCCUGUGGGCGCAGACCCAGGCCACCGUCAUGGGCGGGGGGCGAGCGGCCCCGAGGGCAUCCCUGGGGACCCGGGGGCCCGGGGCUCCUGCCUUCGUGCGCCCUCCCCGUGCCAGAGGCCGCCCAAGGGGACCGGGUUUCUGCUCCGAGCUCGUCCGGCUCCUCGCCCCCAUCUUCGACCCCCCCCCGGCGACCCCCGCCCCCCAGCGCCGCCCCCGCAGCCCCUCCCCGGUACAGAAGAUUUUUGGGGGGAGCCGCAGCCCCGGAACCACCCUGCAGCCCCCCGCCCUGGACCUGGCCAUGCUGGCCCCCUACAUCCCCAUGGACGGCGAUUUCCAGCUGGGCGGGGCCGAGCCCCAGAGGGGGCGGGGCCUGCGCCGCCCGGGCCCCGCCCACAAGGCCGAGGCCCCGCCCCCGAGGCGCCCCCGUGCCCGCAGCUUCCCCGGGCGAGGCCCCGCCCCCUCCCGGCCUGGCCACGCCCUCCCGCGAUGGGGCAGCGACCCCGCCCUUGGCCACGCCCCGCGGCCACGCCCUGCUAGGAAGAGGCCGCGGGAGCCGAGCCCGGAGGAUCCCCCUGGGGCCCCCCUGAAACGGGCGGAGCUGGACCCACAACUGCUGGGGCUGCUGCUGAGUGGGGACCCCCCAGGACUGAGCCUGGGCCAGGAGCAGCCCCUGGUGCUGCUGGCUGAUGGUCUGACCCUGCCCGGGACCCCCCAAAACCCCCAGGGGAGGGGUCCCUGAGGGGAGGGGGACCCCAAAAAAAACAGCAAGGACCCUCCCCCUAUCACCCACACCCC